GGAGCGUUCGGGCGGUUGCCGAACGUGUCGCCCGCGGAGCAAUUGAUCGCGAGCGCGGUGAAACGAGCGGGACGGGUGACGCCGACGCGGGGAUUGAAGGAUGCGGCGAGGGAGAGGAAUAAGAGCGCGAAACAACUCGACGCGCUGACGACGGGGGUGUGUAAACCGUUGAAGGAGUACGUGAAGGGGUUUCCGCCGCCGGAGCGGUUGCACCCGUUUGAGCGGGCGCUGUUGGAGCUGACGCUGAGCGAUAAAAAGUAUAGAACGACGCUCGCGGCGGUGGAUUCGAUGCGGAAGGGGAUGCUUGGGAUAGGUAAAGGGUACGCGUCGCAAGUCACGAAGACGACGGCGCUGAAAGAGGCGGAAGAGAUGCGAGAGAAGGGGUUCGCGGAGAUGGAGGCGUAUUACAGAAAGUACGCGAGGUGCGUGGACGAUUUGAAAUCCAUCGCCAAGUUGCUCCGGAAGCUUCCGGUGGCGGAGCUCGAGACGCCCACAGUCGCGCUCGUCGGUGCACCGAACGUGGGGAAGAGCUCGUUGGUGCGCGUGCUGUCUAGUGGAUUGCCGGAAGUGUGUAACUACCCGUUCACGACGAAGGGCAUCAAGAUGGGGCACUUUUUCGUCGACGACGAGCGACACGUGGUCACGGACACCCCGGGCUUGAUUAAUCGAUCGGAGGCCGAUCGAAAUAAAAUUGAAAUGCUCACCAUCGCGACGUUGGAGCACUUGCCGACGUGCGUGAUUUUCGUCACCGAUUUAACCGGGCUAUCGGGCACGUCCAUCGACGACCAGUUGCAGCUCAGAGAAGAGCUCUACAAACAAUUCGCCGAGCGUCGACCGUGGAUCGACGUCUUCUCCAAGUCGGCACUAGUA